AACAGCCCGUUUCCUUGGCUACACCGGAGGGAGGGGCGGCUGGAGAAGUGAAGGGCCGGUCCCUUCUCGCGGCGGCGGCGCGUCGACUCCUGAGGGGAUGGGACCGCGCGGGGCCUAGCAGGGCAGCUGCUGCCAUGACCGGAGCAGCGCCCGGGGCCCAGGGAAGGAGCGGCGACGCCCCGACAGGCCGCCGCUGCCCCGGUUGGAGGCUGCUGGCCUUGGGCCUCCUCUCCGCUUCCUCGGUGCUGGCGGCGGCGCCCGCUGGGCAGGCCAUGGGCCGGGAGGAGAAACGCCGCCUCGGGAAUCAAGUAAUAGAAAUGUUUGAUCAUGCCUAUAGUAAUUAUAUGGAACAUGCCUACCCAGCCGAUGAGCUCAUGCCUUUAACUUGCCGUGGAAGAGUUCGGGGUCAAGAACCAAGUCGUGGGGAUGUGGAUGAUGCCUUGGGAAAAUUUUCACUGACGCUGAUUGAUACUUUGGACACUCUUGUGGUGUUAAAUAAGACCAAAGAGUUUGAAGACGCUGUUAAAAAAGUGAUCAGAGAUGUUAAUUUAGACAAUGAUAUUGUAGUAUCAGUGUUUGAAACCAACAUCAGAGUCCUUGGUGGACUUUUAGGUGGACAUUCGGUAGCGAUUAUGCUCAAAGAAAAAGGUGAAGUUAUGCAGUGGUAUAGCGGGGAACUUCUCCACAUGGCUAAACUGCUGGGCUACAAGCUUCUUCCAGCUUUUAACACCACCAGUGGUCUCCCAUAUCCAAGAGUUAACUUAAAAUUUGGUGUAAGGAGUCCAGAGGCACGGACAGGAACAGAAACUGAUACCUGUACAGCUUGUGCUGGUACCUUGAUCUUAGAGUUUGCUGCUCUGAGCCGCUUCACAGGGGCAUCAAUAUUUGAGGAAUAUGCACGGAAAGCACUUGAUUUUCUUUGGGAAAAAAGGCAACGCAGCAGCAAUUUAGUGGGAGUUACUAUCAAUAUUCAUACGGGUGACUGGGUCCGCAAAGAUAGUGGAGUUGGAGCAGGAAUAGAUUCAUAUUAUGAAUAUUUAUUAAAGGCUUACGUCUUGCUUGGUGACGACAGUUUUCUGGAAAGAUUUAACACGCAUUAUGAUGCCAUAAUGAGAUACAUUAGCCAGCCACCUCUCCUGCUUGAUGUGCAUAUACACAAACCAAUGCUGAAUGCUCGGACAUGGAUGGAUUCGCUACUAGCAUUUUUCCCAGGUUUACAGGUGCUGAAAGGUGAUAUUAGACCAGCUAUAGAGACUCAUGAAAUGCUAUAUCAGGUGAUAAAGAAGCAUAACUUCCUUCCAGAGGCUUUCACCACAGACUUUCGAGUUCAUUGGGCUCAGCACCCUCUACGACCAGAAUUUGCAGAAAGUACAUAUUUCUUAUACAAAGCCACUGGGGAUCCCUACUACCUAGAAGUAGGAAAAACACUAAUUGAGAACUUAAAUAAAUAUGCACGUGUGCCUUGUGGAUUUGCUGCUAUGAAGGAUGUUCGUACUGGAAGCCAUGAAGACAGGAUGGAUUCUUUUUUCUUAGCUGAAAUGUUCAAAUAUUUAUAUUUGCUCUUUACUGAAAAGGAAGACCUGACUUUUGAUAUAGAAGACUAUAUCUUUACUACAGAGGCUCACUUACUACCUCUUUGGCUGUCUACUACGAACCAAACUGCACCUAGGAAAAAUAUUACAACAGAAUACACAGAGCUGGAUGAUAGUAACUUUGACUGGACCUGCCCCAAUACUCAAAUCCUUUUCCCCAAUGAUCCUAUGUAUGCACAGAGUAUCAGGGAACCUCUGAAAAACGUGGUGGACAAGAGCUGUCCCAGAAGUAUCUCCAGAGUGGAAGAAAGUUUGGGCAAUGGACCGAAGCCCCCAUUGAGAGCCAGGGAUUUCAUGGCCAGCAAUCCUGAGCACUUAGAAAUAUUGAAGAAAAUGGGAGUCAGCUUGAUUCAUCUCAAAGACGGAAGAGUCCAGUUGGUGCAACAUGCAAUCCAGGCAACAAGUUCCCUUGAUGCUGAAGAUGGUUUACGAUUCAUGCAAGAAAUGAUUGAGUUAUCCAGCCAACAACAGAAAGAGCAGCAACUGCCUCCUCGUGCUGUUCAGAUAGUUUCCCAUCCGUUUUUUGGCAGAGUAGUCCUGACAGCCGGGCCUGCACAGUUUGGAAUGGACCUGUCCAAACACAAAUCAGGGACAAGAGGAUUUGUUGCAGUCAGUAAACCAUAUAAUGGAUGCUCUGAGAUCACCAAUCCGGAAUCACUGAAGGAGAAAAUUGCUUUGAUGCAAAGAGGGCAGUGCAUGUUUGCAGAAAAAGCACGCAAUAUCCAAAAAGCCGGAGCCAUAGGUGGCAUUGUUAUUGAUGACAAUGAAGGCAGCAGCAGCGACACGGCUCCCCUGUUCCAAAUGGCAGGUGAUGGCAAGAACACAGAAGACAUCACCAUCCCCAUGUUGUUCCUCUUUAACAAGGAAGGCAGUAUUAUUCUUGAUGCCAUCCAGGAAUAUGAAGCAGUAGAAGUGCUGCUUUCUGAUAAAGCAAAAGACAGAGCAACUAUAUUUAAAGAUAAAAUGAUUCCAAACUACAUUAUUGAUAGCAAUUUGGAAAUGGAAAGCAUGGAUCAGAAGUCAUCAGACAACGACUCUCAUAAUCAGAGGUCAGAAGAAAUCUCAACAGAUUUGAACUUGGUGCCUCAAGAUCCUGAAGAAGGUGGCUUGAGUUCACAUGCAGAGUUGGACAGCAGCCGUGUUUCACUUUCAGACGAGGAUUCUUGUAUCCCCAAACUACAGGAAACUAGUAGUACUAACAGUCCAGUAUCAGAAUUGGAUAAUCCCCUUGAGGAGCAAUCCAAGACUGAGACAGAUUCCAGUCCCAGCAAUAGCUGGGAUAAUAAGGGCCAGUCUAUGGACUCAAUAUUAGCGGAUUGGAAUGAAGACAUAGAAGCAUUUGAAAUGAUGGAAAAAGAUGAACUAUAAUUUGAAAUAAUGUGCCCACGGGACUACAAAAUGGCGACCUUUGUGGAGGAUCGUGAGGCCCCGAGAUCUGAAAAUUAAAUGGAAUUGUUCAGUAUUGUGACAGCUAACCAGGUUCUAUUGGCAAAAGCCAGCAUGUGUUGUAAUUUUUUUGUUUCAUUUCCCUGUUUUUUAAAAAUGGGAAAGUGCAAUUGAUCCAUCGGCAGGGUUCCUUUGCAUGGUUCUGUAACGCAGGACAUCCGUUUGGAGAAGGAGCUGAAUUCCUCCCAUGUCCAGAUUGCUGUGGGAUUGCUUGCCUUAGCCCCACGGAGUCUCUAUGGUAAGUUGAGGCAUGUCGUCUCGGCACAUGAAGGCUCCAGGCCAGCAGUAGCACCAGUGCUGUUUCGAGGGCCUACACUGUAUCUCAGAAGCCUUUAUGAAGACAUGGUGGAAGGUACUUCAGGCUGUUGUGCCUUUAAAAUGAGGGCAGAACAACAGGGAACUGUGAUUUGUCCGGUGCCACUUAAUAAUAGGAAGUGUGCUAUAUCUCCUUAUCACUUCUUCCAUUUAUUACUUUGAAGAAUGACCAAGACAACCUGGACCCCCCUCCCCCUUUGGUUCCUAGUUCAAGUCAAAAUAGUUUGUAAACCAAAGGUAAUGUUUUCUCUAAAAAGAUAAUUUAAAAAACUUGAAUCUAGAUAAUGUGGGGUGGACCUCUUUUUUUUUUUUUUUACACUCCCGUUGAUUUGAAAUUUCAGCAAAUUUAAAAAAUAAGUCAAAAUUAGCAUCCUAGCAGUUUCUGGAAAAGGUAGUAAAGCAUUCUGUGAGGAAAUAGAAAUAGUUUUAUUUAAAAGCCUUAUAUCAGUACCAUUCUUAUUACUGAACACAACAUUUCUUGUGUAUCCCCUUGGACAAAAGGGCCAGUCUCUUUAUUAUCUAAAAAUAAUGUGUCCCUAGCAUAGUGUGAAGUCAAGGAAAAACUGGUAUCACAUGUAGAUUCUUUCUAAAUUGUAGUAGGAAUUCUAGCAAUCAUGUCUAAUAAAUUUAAAAUGAGGAUCCUUUUUAAAAACUCAAAUGUAGCAGAUAGAUUGAGAAAACGAUAGUGGUGUCUAAAGCAAGACUGCCAGACUUUGCUUAUUAAUAUCCAGUCAUUAAUUAGUUCAUUUUUAUCGUUCUUGUUCCUGCUGUUUGCAUUUAGGAAAUUUGACAUGGCAACGUUCUGUGCUCUGCCUAGUUCAGGCACUUUAUGUACAACUGGUUUUAGCUAAGAAGUAACAGGGUGUGUCACGUAAGGAAGGGAAGCUUGUUUAAAGCAAGAAUGUUUUGGGGAUGGGUUGUUAGGAUCCUUGUCUUUCCAGGUUUUUGGAAAGCAGCGCAACCCUCUGAUGUCGCACUUUACUUUCCCCAUAGAAGUGAAUGAUAACCAUUGACUGCAUUAUGGCACAAAGUGAAGUAAUACAUGUAUGAUGCCGCUGCUGUAUCAGCCAAACCUGCUCUCUGUGCUAAAUCCUGUUAUAUCAGCAGCUGAGGUGUCGAGCAAGGCUAGUUCUCCUCCUCAUAUGUUCCCAAUUCUUUCUUGGUUCUAUCAUGAGGCACAAAUGAAUUAAAAUGUGUGAAAAUAUACAUUAGCAUCUUUCUGAGAUUAUGCUAGUCAGGCUGUUGUGCAGAAAGUGAGCUGGAAACAGUGGUGAUGAAUCUUUUAACAGAUAAGUGUCCUUCUGAUUUUGUUUCCACAUUUUUUUAUUUGCACAUGUUAUAAAUCUUAGACCUAGGGCUUUCAUUUCUUUGUUGAGUGACCCUGAGUUGAGUUGUAUUUAGUCUUCGGGCUCAGUUUGUAGACGUUGCAAUAUUCCUCCAUGGGAUUUGAACAAGGGUUUCUCUGAAGUGUCCUUUAGUAGCUCAAGCCCAGACAGAGAGGAGAAUGUGUGUUUCCAUGUUCCCACAAAAGCUCCAACGGUUUGGGGCCAAGCAUACGUAAUGCACUACAUUUACGUUAGUCUUGUAAAAAUUGCAAAUCAGUAGUUCUGCAUGUUGCGAGUACUAGUGCCACUCAAGCUUUCUUAAAAAAAUAUUUACUCUGAUGUAGCCUAACUUGUCAAUCAACUUAUUUUCUUUAGGCCUUGAAAAGAAAUUGCUCAUUUGGUGUUUUCUGGUAAAAGUGAUUCUCUAAAUAUCUUCUCAAAACAUUUUAGGCAGAACUGUCCCGGCUUGAUACAACCACCACUAAAAUUUUCAUUCCUUCCUACCAAUAAUUUAUUAAGAGUUUGCACUACUUGCUACUACUUGUACAUAGUCCAUACGGUGGGACUUUCGGUUGUCGGGGAUUGAGCAUGUGCAAGUGGUUUUAAGUUUUUGUAAUUGAUUUCAGGGAUUGUUGAAAGACUCCCUUGCCAUUCGAAAGGAGCAUCUGGAAGGUGGUAGUCUACCUCAGAUAUAGGUUGCCCUUGUUUUUAUACCUUAGUUCUUCAUCACAGCCAUAAGCUUGUUUCACAAUAAUGAAAGGUUUACAUGUUAUCAAUUAGAUUUGAAAAUGGUGUUUAGGAAGGAGCUUACGUAAUUAUGAAUCCGUGUCUUCAUAUCACAGCAGAAACCCUUUUUGGACAUGCUUUGUCUUGUACCUGAUAGGAGAGGCAAGUAAGUCUUAGGCUGUGGCACACCUCCACCCCUGAGGAGAAAGUAAUCCAAGACCUGGCAUAAUCAUGGGUCCGUCUUUGAUUUUUCUGCACCUGCUUGCCUUGGGUGCCUCUUUUGAUGGGGUCACUUAGAGCAGAUGCAGAGAGAUCCAGGGAUCCCCUACCGCCAGGGCAGUCGAGGGGACAUUCUGUGAAUGCAUUCCGUACAUCCAGAUUUUUUAAGACUUUUUACCAGCCCAAUUUACAGCCAUAUAUUUUCUUAUGAUGUAAUUUAUGAAAAGUCUAAAGGGGUGCUGUAACACUACUGUCGUGGGGUUUUUAAUGUCUGGUGAUUUAAGGUGUGUACAAAAUUCCUAAGGGCAACUGUGUACUGUGAUGUAAAAGUCUGAGCUCAAAAUGUACAUAAUCUUUGUAUAUAAAAUUGUGUACUUGAUUAUAAUUACUGAUUGUAAAGAUUUAAUAAAACAUGUAAAUAUUCUGGUCAGAAUACAAUGCAGAUUUGAUUUGUCUAUUGAGGAUGGCAGACGUCCUUCAAAAGUUCGUUUGUCACUGAGUUAGUUGUGUUUCCCAACUUCAUGCAUACUUAAUCAGAAACAAAACUAUAAGCCAAUUGGCCUUAUCAAAACAGAUGAUAUAAACACAACAUACAGUACACAUCCAGUCCAGGUAAAAUUAUAAAUAUACAAGUACAAAGAUUAAAAAAUGGGAGGGCAAACAUAUAACCGAAUGUACCUUAAUCUUAGGUAUAUACAUCAGAUGUCCUCCUCCCUUUACAAUAUACAGUAGAGUCUUGCUUAUCCAACAUAAAUGGGCCGGCAGAACGUUGGAUAAGCGAAUAUGUUGGAUAAUAAGGAGAGAUUAAAGAAAAGCCUAUUAAACAUCAAAUUAGGUUAUGAUUUUACAAAUUAAGCACCAAAACAUUAUGUUAUACAACAAAUUUGACAGAAAAAGUAGUUCAAUACACAGUAAUGCUAUGUAGCAAUUACUGUAUUUACCAAUUUAGCACCAAAAUAUCACGAUAUAUUGAAAACAUUGACUACAAAAAUGCGUUGGAUAAUCCAGAAUGUUGGAUAAGCGAGUGUUGGAUAAGUGAGACUCUACUGUAUACCAAUCUGAUCAAUAUAGUCUGAUCUCUUUUUAAAUGCUUUGAAAAAAUAAAGGGCAACUUUUAUUGUUACCACAGGAUUAUACCCAGUUGGUAAAAAUGUGUAUUCCAGCUUGUUUUAUGACAAAUAAAAGGCCAUAGAUGUUGUUUCUUUUA